AUGUCCAUUGCAUUCCGGCUCUUUCCCCAGAGUGACAUGCGCUCGUCUGCGCACUAUCCCAAGGCCAUCUUCAGGCAGAACAAAGCCUACGUCGACACCCAUCUCCUCAGCAAGCUCCUCGCGCCAACCCUGAUAGCCACCGCUGACCCCAAUUCCGUGUUCGCUGUCCGGGUUUCCUCCUCAGCAGCCGAGGCCCCGUUCGCGCCCAAGUGCGGCGUCCCGAUGGUUAAUCUCGACCGGGGCGCAGGCUACCGCGCGCGUCCUAGCAACUUUGCCUGUUACUGUAUUAGCAAGGGAGGCAAUUACUUGUAG